CCUAAUCUUUGACUAUUCGUCAUCGUUUGAUGUGAUAAAUUGGCGACGAGUCAAUAAACAAUUCAAACGUAUUACCGAUAAUCGUGUAAAAAGGACGCUCUACCUAGAUGUGCUGAGAAUGGAUACCACACAAGUACUACCAAUGGGAGUGACAGGAGAUGGUGACUUCUUCCGACAUUCUACUUUGGACGGCAAAGGAAGCUGCAAAAUUACUGCGCGCAAUUCAAUUCUUUGGCAAAAUGCUCAUACUAUCAUGCUUGAUUCAUCGAUAGCUGAACUGUGUGUAGCAGGACAAUGUACAACAGACAUACCGGCAUGGUUUGCAUUCCAAACCUCAGCCGGUGGUACAGAUCCGACGACGGAGCCCGAUGGGAUUCAGACCCCAGGAUGGCUUCAAAGUAAUGCAAAAUUCAAUACGUCCACAUAUCUCAGUCAAUCUGAUGGGGAUUUACCGCAGUGGAAACCGAAAACGCAACGUAUUCCAUUAGGACCGCUAUUUCCGGAGACCAAAGAGAUUACAUUUCGCUGUACUGUUCCGCAGUUACGUCGUACGCGUCGUCUAGAUGUUUAUCGUGUACCGGCCACCAUGAUUUUCUCAUCGGAACAUCUGCAAGUUUUUCGACUCGCCAUCAUUGGUGGACGUUCAAAUGCACCGGCUACAAUAAAAUUACGUCCAUUCCGUGAAUGGCUUGAUGCUGACCAACUCGGUAACAAGCUCUGCGUACAGUUUUGCUAA